GCCCCCGUUAUCCCGUUAUCGCGCGCCGAGGUCCGCGAGGGGUCACCGCCAAGGUUUCCACCAGUGCACAAGCAAGGGCAUGGCCGCCAUCCCCUCCAGAGGCUCACUCGUGGCCACCCACGACUACUACCGGCGCCGCCGUGGUUCCACUUCCAGUAACAGCUCCUGUGGAAGUGCCCAGUACCCUGGGGAAGCCAUCCCCCACCACCCGGGUCUCCCCAAAGCCGACCCGGGUCACUGGUGGGCAAGCUUCUUUUUUGGGAAGUCCACUCUCCCAUUCAUGGCCACAGUGUUGGAGUCCCCAGAGCACUCGGAAUCUCCCCAGGCCUCCAGCAGCAUGAUCACCUGUGACCUGGCUCGGGAAGCCACAAGGAAGCAGCCUGGCGGCCAGCCUGGCAAAGUCAAUGCUGGGCCCCCAUCCUGAGUAGCCAGCACCAGCCACCAGACUUCCAGAGGCGCUAGGCUUUGAGCCCCUCCCCCCCUCCUCCAUCCCCUUCCCUCUCACCCCACCUGGCGUAGACUAGGCCGGCUGCAGCAAGCAGAAGCAGUUGGGUUCUUUUAUAUCAAAACAGCGAAGUUGAGAGAGCCCCAGUCUUUACUACCCAAGCCACACGCAAGCCUGCCUAACACCCCAUAGCCAUGUGCCUUGCACCAAGUGGAAAAUAAAUGAGAAGCAGCCAGCAAAAAAAAAAAAAAAAAAAA